AUGUCCAAUGAUCAUAGAGAUCUGCAUCAACUCAGGUGUGACCUUCACCAGACUGGCAUUCCAGAUUACCUUGACUGGUUUGUCCAAGAAGAAUACUACAAGCCAAUGGCAGCAAGCUGUGGUGUAGACCAGGAAAACCCAUUUGAGUUCAAUGAGGACUCUAAUUGGAAAUAUUUACAUCCAUUCAUUGAUGUCUUCCAGCAUUGCAGUGUGCAGGUUCCUAAAGACCUAUACCUCAAGUAUUUAGAGGAGGGCCUUCUAGAUCAAAGCCACACCAUUGGCCAGCCCCAUGAUUUAAAAGAUCUGGAAAUUUUUUUGAGAAGUAAUGCUUCACAUGGCCUAAUACACCCUCACAAUAUCACUGUACAAACUGUCCUUGCUAUCCCUAAUUAUAAAACAACAGUUGGCCCUGAUCAGUUCCACGAACUUACUCUGAAUCAGAUUUUGGAACCAACUGUUGAUCAUAGUGGUGGUCAUCCUGCUAAGGUCAUUGUAUCUAAUGAGCGUGAUGGUGUGCUGAGUGAUGGUGAUGGUGACAAUGAUGAUCAUUAUAAUGAUGGUGAUGCAGACCAGUAUGGGGAUGCCAAGGCUGCUCUGGAAACACCAUGGAGGUCGAGUCUCCCCAAGUAUGUCAUGGAGGAUCUUUCAACAAGAGGUGUUGUUGCUAGGCUUGAGCAAGCUCUUCAGCAAGAUGUUGCAGGAGCAAGUCUCUUGGAUCACUUGCCAUUCAUAACUGAAUCACCUGAAGUUCAAGUUGUGAUAGACUCUGAGAGAAAAUUGAGAGAGAUGGUUGAAAGGGAGGAUGUCAUAUGGGAGGCCAAACAGGUGGUGAUGGAGGCAUCACCUUAUCCAAAUUUUAACCACUAUGAGACAGCCUUCAAAUGGUCCAAAGGUGUACUGGACUAUCACUCAGCAAAAGCUAUCCUGGACAAGGGGAAGCCCCUCCAGAUGCAAAUGUUGCACCCUUCCUCCAACAGACUUGGAUUCUGGGACUCCAAGACUCCAAUGGAUGUAGAUAUAGACAUGACUUCUUGA